UUUCGUGGCCAGACACUCGCCGUCGACGCAUAUGUCUGGCUCCAUAGAGGCACAUACGGAUGUGCGGCGGAGAUCGCCACGGGGAAGAAGACGUCAAAAUAUGUUGAGUAUGUGAUGCACCACGUGCGGCUGCUACGCCACCAAGGCGUCGCUCCGUAC